UCUUGUGCAUUGUCUUUUCUUUUUUCUUGGCUUUCCUCUUCGUGGGUUUUUUCCCAGGCCUGUUGUAAAUAUAUAAUACAAAAGGUGUGGUGUUUCGAGCUGAAAUUUUAGGUCAUGGAGGCUAUGGCGGCCAAUUUCCUUGCUGCUUCUUCCUCUUCCGGCCUCGGCGCCACAAUCGCUUCCUCCAGGGCCACAGCCAGCGGCUCCAAUGCGGUAAUCUCCAUCUCUCCCAGGAAAUCCUUGCGAGUGCCAUGCAUCGCCUCGCCGCGCCGCCAAUUCGCAGCUGGAAGAACAGGGAGAGCCCUGAUUUGCAGAGCAUCGCUGACGCCCGAGCUGCGGGAAUCGGUGGAGAAAUUCGUCAAGGGGCACAAGGUCGUGCUCUUCAUGAAGGGCACCAAGCUGUUCCCACAGUGUGGCUUCUCCAACACGGUCGUACAGAUCCUCAAUAACCUGGGCGUUCCGUACGAGACCGUGAAUAUCUUGGAGGACGAUGGCCUCCGCCAGGGCCUCAAGGCCUACUCCAACUGGCCCACUUUUCCACAGCUCUACAUCGAUGGCGAGUUCUUUGGUGGCUGCGAUAUCACUCUCGAGGCCUUUCAAUCCGGACAGCUUAAAGAGGUUGUGGAGAAGGCUAUGUGUUCGUGAGAGUGAAAGGUUCUUAUUACUUAUUGGAUCAUUCUUUUUUCACUCUU